CAUAUUUCAGUUCUUUGGAGGAAGCGCUGGCCGAAGGAGUUUUUUCGAUUGGACAUUGCUUAUGAUUUUAGUGGUUUUUGCAACUCGACAUACAACAAGGCGGAAAAAUAAAAGAAUUUUUAGUGAAAUUUCUGAAAAGAACUUUAUUAUUAGUGCUUAACGGCGAUGUUCUAGAAACAUCCCCCAAUUCGAUAACCAGAAUCACAAAUUUAAUAUAUUUGAGGACAAAAAAAAAAAACAAAAAAUCGUUGAACUUGUCACAUAAUGCCUUUCGUUGCGCCGAAGAGCACGGCCAGUAGCACCAGUGGCCGCACCACUUUUCGCCCACCAUGGGUCAAGGACGACACGACCGCUAAUGCGAAGCCGACGACGGUUCCUUGGGCAAAGAAGACUGCUGCUACAACGGCCGAUAAGGAUAAAGAGAAAACGAAGGAGAAUGGCGAAAAGCCUGCUACUGUGUCUGCAGCCAAGAAGACCACCACACCAACAGCCAGCAAUUCUGUGGCGAAGAAAUCAGGUGAGAUAACUACGGCAGCCAAAAAGACCGUCGAACCUGUAAAGAAAGCUGUGGCAGAAUCCGCAAAGAAGAACGCUGAGCCAGCAAAGAAAGUGGUUGAGCCGGUGAAACGCGUUGUAGAGCCAGCCAAAAAAGUGGUAGCGCCAGCCAAAAAAGCGCCAGAACCAGUCGUGAGCAAGAAACCGACAACGACAACAGCGUCCAAAACUACAGCUGCAGCAGCUAAGAAGAAGGAACCCACACCAUCAUCAUCGGAAGAGGAGGAGACUGAAGAUGAGGAGGAAGAAGAGACUGAAGAAGAAGAGACCGAAGAAGAAGAAGAGAGCGAGGAAGAAGAGGAAGAGAGCGAAGUAGAAGUAGAUGAGAAAGAUUUAGAAAAUCUCGAAGGUCUAUCCGAUUUCGAAUUCUCCGAAAAUGAGUUCACCCAACCCUCUCUACGUCUGGGCGUUAAGCUCAAGAAGACACCACAAGCCAAGAAGAAGGAAAAUGAAAGUGAGUUAUCAAGACGUUUUUCAAUCGAAAAACCUAAAUUACGACCAGUCAUGGUCAAACGCGACAAGUCCAUGAAAAAAGUCGAAGCUGAUAGCGGCGAAGACGAUGACGAAAACGAAGAUGAACGCGAGCGGCAGUUACGUUUUAAAUUGGAGAAACCGAAAUUACGUCACGUGAAACGCGAAGAAAAACCCUUGCCAAGUAAAAGUACUGAGGAUAUUAUGAAAAUACGGCCGGUAUUGAAGAAGGUAUCGAAAAUCGAUGAAAUACUUAAAGAGCCCAAAGAGGAGCCAAAGCCUGAAUUUAAAACCAAACAGUUACGUAAAACACCAUCAAUGAAACGUGACCCGAGCAUGAAAAAUGUUCCUGCACCGCCACCGCUACCAUCGCUGGUGCCGAAAGCACCACCACCACCGCCGCCACCAUUGGGCGCUGCUGGUGAUAAGCGCGAUCUAACUGAAACACAAAAGGCCGCCUUAGAAAAACUUAAGACACGACCGCGCAGGCGUCCUGAUUGGUCAGAGAUGAUGAAGGAGGUGGAAUCUGGCAGGAAAUUGCGACAUGUUGUGUGCAACGACAGAUCUCAACCGAUUCUUACAUGCAAAUCGAUGACAAAAGUGGAUAACAAGUUCAUCUACGAAACGGAGAAGGAUAACUCACAUAAUAAACUGCUAAAACAAAUUCAAGGUGGCAUCAAAUUGAAACCCACACAAACGAACGAUCGCAGUAAACCAUUCAUUGGCGGUUUGAGGAAAUUCCGCAAACAAAUGACCAUUGAAGAACAAAUACAGAAAUCUCAAUCGAAGAUUAACCUACUAGCCGAAGCUGCUACCGCUGCUGUUGGUGCUGCUGUUGGUGCUGCCGUUGGUUCCACGGUCGCCGGCGAUCCAGCAGCGAUUACGAAUAGCAUUGUGGCUGCACUGUCGAUAGAUGAUCCCAGCGGCGAUGAGCUCGAUGAUAUCGAUAAAAUCCGUGACGAUUUGCAGAGUACAAAACAAAUGUUGGCACUCGAGCUGCGCAAUCGCGAGGCGCAGGAUCGUGAAAAUAAAAAAUUGUUGGCACAAAUAGCUACGCUAGAAGCGGAGCUAGAACGUGAAAAGUCUCGUGAGAAGAAUCUUGAGUAUGGUUCACGUAUUAUUGUAGCCACAAUGGAACCUUCUACGGCCAGUGAAGAGGCGUAUUUGAACUCACUUAAGCAAGAAGCGGACGAUGCGCGCAAGACAGCUAAAGAUUUAGAGAAGAAAUAUCUCGACACUGGCGAAUUACUGGAUCAGGCUAAGAGCGAGAUAGAAGAGCAAAAGCGUACGAUACAAAUGCUGGAGCGGAAACUAGCACAGGCGUUACAGGGUGAAGCUUCUAGCAUAACUUGUCCUAUAUGCGCUAAAAGACAAGAAACGAAAUAUUUUUACUCAUAUGAAGAUCCAGAUGAUGAGGAGUCAUACUAUGCAAACUAUACUAAUGGCUAUACUAACAGCAAGGGAGGUGGAUCUUUGAAUGGCUCGCGACGUCCAAGCGAUGUGCACGGCGGUCGGGACAGUUCACCUGAGUUAGAUUUAGAGAUGAGCGAGAGUGAUCCUGAUGAGCCGGAAGAAAAGAAGGCAGAACGCCGCGAUAGACGAUUAGCAAAGGAAGUGAAAGUUCUGCGAAGUAAAUUAACGAAGAUAAAGGUUAAACGAGAAGCGGCGAAAAAAGAGAAGCUGGCACUCAAGCAAGCCAUGAAGAAGAAUCACGUCAUACUGAAAGACGAGAAAAAGAAGUUUAAAAAACUGGAAAAGGAAGUACAGAAAAUGGCGGCUUCCAUGAAAGACGAAGAAGAGAACGAGGACUCUGAUGAAGAAAAGGAGGAUGAAGCUGAGGAGGAGGAAGAAGCGGAAGAGUCCGAAGAAGAUGAAGAAGAGUCUGAGGAAUCUGAAUCAGAAGAGAGUGAAGCAGAAACAGAAAGCGAAUCUGAGGCAGAAGAUGCUAGCAAUGCAGAUAAGAAAAAUAAUCUGGAUCCUCGUGUUAAGAAGCAUGAAAGUCGCUUAACAGCUUUGAAGAAGUGCAAUGUACUAUUACAGGCCAAUGUAGACAAUCUGCAAGAUGAGAUUACUCAAGUUCGCGCAAAAGCAGCGAAUCUACAAGCUGAGCUGGACGCAGUAUUGGCCGAUUUGGGCUUCUAAAUUACGCGGCAAGUGUGGAUGUGAUGGCAAAGGAUCAACGCUAUGCGCGAAAUAAAUUGUAUUUUGCAUAUUGUAUUGCGGUAUUUAUAGCUAUUAUUGCGAAUAACUAGGAAUUUUUCUAAUAAAACUACACUUACCUUAUCAAA